CCUGAGCUGUCCCCACUGUGUUUCUGUGUCAUUAUUUUAGUUAUCUGGCCAUCGAGGCAGUGCUCGCUGCCCUGCGCCGAGGACAGAGGGGAGGGGUGGAAGGGUAGAGCUGUCAGACUUGAGAACAGGUUUUUCUUUUCCCCCUCUACGUCUCAGCUGCUGAGCUAUCUGUCCAUCACCGUGACAGAGCCGCCUGCAUUUCUGUGGAUUUUAUCUCUGCUGCGUGUGUGACACCUGGGGGAAGGCGAAGGGGAAACCUGAGCGGAGAGGCAGGAGGUUCCUCGACCCUACCCUCUCCCCAGCCCAUCUGCAACCCCCUCCCCUCCCCACCACCACCACCACCACCACCACCGUCUCCAGCCACCCGGCGUGUUUAGAUGACCUCUGCUCUCCUGUAAAGCCCACUCCUCAGCACCAUGAACAAGAUGAAGAACUUUAAGAGGCGCUUCUCUCUGUCCGUCCCGCGCACUGAGACCAUCGAGGAGAAUGAGUUCACCGAGCAGAUCAACCAGCUCAACAUACGGCACACUCAGGGCCUGACUCCAGACAGACUGGGUCCUCCGUCUCAUGACGCCAGCCCGGUGAGCCCUGAACCAACCACACCGGGAGCUCAGUCUCCUUCCCACCUCCACUUCCACAGCAAGGCCCAGCACAGACGUUUCUCCAUGGAGGACGUCAGUAAGCGUAUGUCUCUGCCCAUGGACAUCCGCCUGCCUCCAGAGUUUCUCAAGAAGCUGCAGAUGGAGAGUGAAAACUCACCACUCUGCAAACCUCUCAGUCGCAUGUCACGCCGUGCUUCUCUGUCUGACAUAGGAUUUGGGAAACUGGAGACAUAUGUGAAGCUUGGCAAACUGGGUGAGGGAACGUACGCCACGGUGUUUAAAGGGCGGAGCAAACUAACAGAGAACCUGGUGGCAUUGAAGGAGAUUCGACUGGAGCACGAGGAGGGGGCACCUUGCACUGCUAUCAGAGAAGUGUCUCUACUGAAGAACCUGAAGCACGCCAACAUUGUCACGCUGCACGACAUCAUCCACACUGACCGCUGCCUCACUCUGGUGUUUGAAUAUCUUGACAGUGACCUUAAGCAGUACUUGGACAACUGUGGAAAUCUCAUGAGCAUGCAUAACGUCAAGAUCUUCAUGUUCCAGCUGCUGCGUGGCCUGUCCUACUGUCACAAGAGGAAAAUCCUCCACAGAGACCUAAAGCCUCAGAACCUGCUCAUCAACGACAAGGGCGAGCUCAAACUGGCCGACUUUGGUCUUGCAAGGGCCAAGUCAGUCCCCACUAAGACCUAUUCCAAUGAGGUGGUGACUCUCUGGUAUCGGCCUCCUGACGUGUUGCUGGGCUCCACAGAAUACUCCACGCCCAUUGACAUGUGGGGCGUCGGUUGUAUCCUGUAUGAGAUGGCUACGGGUCGCCCCAUGUUUCCUGGUGCCACUGUCAAGGAGGAACUGCAUCUGAUUUUCAGGCUCAUGGGCACUCCAACAGAAGACACUUGGCCUGCUAUCACCACUAAUGAGGAGUUUAGAUCCUACCUCUUUCCUCAAUACAGACCUCAAGCUCUCAUCAACCAUGUGCCGCGGUUGGACACGGAAGGGAUCGACCUGCUGUCUGCUCUGCUGAUGUACGACACACGGACCAGAAUCUCCUCGGAAGCCGCUCUACGACACCCCUACUUCCUGAGCCUCGGGGAUCACAUACACAACCUGGCAGACACUGCUUCUGUGUUUUCCCUGAGAGAGUUGCAGCUGCAGAAGGAUCCCGGCCACCGCAGCUCCGUGUUCCAGCCUUUAAGUCGAGGAAAGAACCGAAGACAGAGCAUCUUCUAGAAGAAGAACGAGGACGAGGCUGGAGGAGGAGCGGCCUUUUCAGACCAGAGCACCGAGGCCGACACAGCUCAACACAUUCACAAGCACGCUCACACACACACACACACACACACACACACACCUGCAUGCACACACACAACUCAUGCACGCUCACUCAUUUCCGUGGCAGCUUACCAUGGAGGCACGGGGGGGGGGUCACUGGAGAAGAACUUGCACUUGAAAUGUCUGAGCUGAAACACACACACACACACACACACACAAACACAUAUUUGCACACAUUUGCACAAUCAGUGACACUGAUCAUGCUGCCAAUACUUCGUUGCACACACCACACCCUCUUGACAUACAUGUGUCUUUCAUCCUGAGAAGAAAUAGGCUUCAACAAACUGUAAAUUGUGCUUCUCUUCCAUUCUGCACACGUGUACGGUACAGUACGUCCCCGGCACACUCGUAUGUUAGCGCUCUGUUCUGAAAAGGUUCUGGUAAUGUGAGACAGCUGCUAAGACAUUUGGAACCAUCACACGGUUUCAGGUGGAUAGGAGUGUUCCCUGAAUACUGUUGGGACGAACAGAAACGGUGAUGCAGCUCAAAGGUCCUGAUUUGGUUGUGGUGCCUAAUCACCUCCCGUAGCCCCAGAUUUCCACCUUAUCGUGGGUUCUGCACCAUGUUUUUAAGCAAGAAACGAAGAAAAUUUAGAAAAGUCCCAGAACCAGAAUGGUAACAUCAUUGUGGGUGCUGUGAAGGCCCUCGUUAAUUAGCGAAUGUAGUAUGUGCAUCUAAAUUAAACAUCUAAAAUAUAAUAUAAUAUAAUAACUCUAGAGUGAAGCACAGAACAAGGCUUCCACAUAAAACAAUGAAGCAAUUCUCAAAAUUAAUAUAGCGAUGACUAAUGGAGAGCUGCAUUAUUCUUGCUUCAUUCCACAUGUACAAAAGAAACUAAUUCAGAUUAAUAGCAACUGCACUAAUGACUAAAAAUUCAAGUUAAUUAUUUUCAACACUCUGUGGUGAGGCUCCUUGGUGUGUUUGGACAAGGACCUAGGUUUGUUUUUUUUUUUGUUAUUGUUGCUGUUGUUGUUUUUUGAGUAUUUAUUAUGUUACCCGCCAUAGACAGACACUAUUUCCCAUAAACCACUGGUCUCAAACAUACGGCCCGGGGACCAGAAUUGAUCCACCGGAGACUCUAAUCUGGGCCAAAGCAUGAAAUUGCAAAAAGUGAAGUGCAACUUGUCCACUGAUUUAAUAAGAGAAGUGAACACAACACUAAGACCCAGGACUAAACAGCAGACAAUAAAUGUGGCCAAAUUGCACUUAUUUGUUUUUUUUUUAAAGGAUAGUUUAAUUAAUUUAGUUACUCUCCUAAUUUACUCAUUAUUCUUUGCACUAUAACUAAUAGAAAUCUGGAGUUGUCGUAACUUACUGGUCAUUAUGCUGUUGUCUUACGGGUCCGGCUGCUUGAGAUCAAAUUGGGCUUCAUGCAGCCCCUGAAAUAAAGUGACACCCAGCCAUAAGCCGUGGACAUUUAUUUCCCAACUGCAUAGAUGUCUUAAGGAGAAAAACUGAACCAUAGAAGAAAUGGAGCCCAAGUUUUUAUAGCUUCCAGUCUUGAACGACACUUCUUGCAGGAAAUGGAUGAAAAAGUUUUUUUUUUAUUAUUAUUAUUAUGGUGGUUGUCAGCUGAGAUCUUGAGUGUGUUUGGGUAUUACGGUACCAACAUGUCUGUAACAGAAGCAGAAUGGAACCAAGCAAAUACUGCAGAGGUUUACUGACUUAAAGUAAAAAAAAAAAAAAGUGCAACUAAAGGUGGAAAAUAUCCGUUUGGUCCGGAUCAAAAUAGUCCCCAGUACAGAUAGAAGUCCGAUAGUAGCACAACUCUGGUCAUUUACAGUACAAACACUGAACCUAGCAGCAUAAAAUCAGACAACAUUGUGAAUAUGAACCUCUGUGAUUAAGUGGAUUCAUGUAGACAAACUUGCUACGGCGCCCCCCCCCCUCGCCACCACCACCCCCCCUCUCCUGUUUCAGCUCAGCAUGGGGGUCUUGUUGCAUUCAGUGUUAGCAGCUGACUUUCACUCCAGUUUUUUGAAGUUGCCUUAGUAAUAUGUGCAUGAUAUCUUUGGCUUGUGAAGAAUCUAUAUUUGGUCUAGUGUAGCCAGUUUGUUAGGAGGCGUUUGCUUUGUGUCUGUAAAUAACUCACUGAGUGUUUGUAUUUCUUUAGUCUCCUAUUUGCACAAACCAGAAGUGUCCUCUGAGGCCUGCUCCCGUACCUUUUGUGUCUUUCCUUACAUGGUUCCGAGAUACGAAACGCCCCUCGUUCCUAAACCAGUACGCUGGGAAAGUACAUCCUACGGGUGCUUUCUAGUAGCAGUUUGCUCUCAGCUGGAGUCACCACUACCCCUUAUGUUUUGCACAGUUGGCCUCUCACUAAGGAGCAGCUUUUGGCUGUAGAUCUACAAAAGUAUAAAAGUAUGUGCAAUGAAAAAUACGCUAUAGAUAGAAUUUUCCAUCUUCCCUUGUGUUGCACGCACUUAACCACAUGACUGUUUGGGUUCGCGCCCAUAGAUUAAGCUACUGCCAUAUGAUAAAAAUGAUAUACAAAAGUGAUUGGGUCUUGUGACUAGGAAACUCUCUCCUUUAUCCACUCUGGCGCCCAGUCCGACCUUUCCCUCCCUCUGUGGUGCUGCUUAGAUCCAGCAGAAAAAGGAAAGCAGAGGGAUGCCGACGAGUGGCUUCCUAUCGCCGUGAUCUUCUUCCAGGCAGGACUGUGUCGUACUUUAAUGUGAGCAGAAACAACAGUGAGCAUGGUGUGUGCUAUCGUUUCUCAUCUCCUUGUUUCUUCAUGUAGAGUCACACGUUGAGAAGAUAAAAAGUUGGGCGGAACGCGAAGUGUCUUCUCGUGACGUGGUUCGCCGUCUGUCAGUAUUCGUAGUGUGUGAAGAGUCUAGGGUGCCAAAACCAAAACCGACUCGACUCGCAGCGUAAAGACGCCUCUCCGAUCCUGAUUGGCUGGUGACGAUGAUCGCGUGUUUGUUCACUCAUCGAGAGUCUUUCAGAUCACAUGUGGAAAGUCGCCUCCAGAUAUAGGGUCAAGAUCUAGAAACAUAUACGUAAAGGGUGCGAGCAGGCAGGCGUUUUCACCACUGGAGCAUUCACGAGGGAGUGGGAGCUUUUGAAUGCAACAGGGACCACAUUUGUACCACAAAGAUACAAAUUUAAAUUUCUUUAAACGCACAUGAACGUGAAUCCAACAUAUUUUACUAAAAGAUAAAUGGUGGCAGAAGGCGUUAUCCUUCAGUCAGCACUUCACUUAUUUAGACUAUUUUUUAGACUAAUUCAAGAAAAAAGUCACAGUUUUUUAGAAAAAAAAAUCAAAAUACAAUUUCGAGAGAAAAGUCAAAAUUUCGAGAAAAAAGUAGAAAGUACACCUUCAAACUGACAUCAUUACGAUGGAGGAGUAUUGAGUGUUAAUAAUUUUUUUCAGUUAUAUUGCUGAUAUAUUUUAUUGGACUGUUGUAUGUCAUCAGCAUUUAAAGAUCAAUUUUCAACUUUUUUCUCAAAAUUUCAUUUUUUUUUGGUGAAAUUUCAACUUUUUCUCAAAAUUUCCUUUUUUAUUUUUUUUAUUUUUUGGUGAAAUUUCAACUUUUUUCUCAAAAUUCUGUCU